AUGGCACGGGCUAGCACGCAGACGGCGUUCGGCUUCGGUUGCAGCCUCGACUGGCGGCCGACUUCGUUCGUGCCCGCUUUCCCGUCGACCAGAGUGUGCAGCGCCUGCGGACUGGUGCCGCCGGCGACGGCAACGCUGCCCUGCCGUCACCUGCUGUGCGAGCCGUGCUACAAAGGACGUGCAAGUGGCAGCAACCGCUGUCCGCUGGACAAGGAAACGUUCCAAGAGGAGGACGUCGUUUGGUCGUCCCGUAUCAGAAAGGACGCUCUUCUGAGCCGCAAGGUGCGCUGCUGGAACGCUGACAACGGCUGCAGCGCCGAGGGCGCAGCUUCGGUGAUGCUGGGGCACUUUGCCAACGCUUGCCGCUUCCACGUCGUGAGCUGUCCCAGGUGCUGCGGCAGGGUACCGCACCUGGAAAUGGCCGACCACCUGGAGUCCUGCCGUGCGCCACCCAACCUUCCUGGGCAGCCGGCGCUCGACGACAACUUUGUCAAUGCCGCGCUGGAGGUGAGGGACGCCCUGAGAGGGAUCUCGGAAAAGUGUACCUCCAUCGAGUCGAAGCUCGAGUCCUUCGAGGAGCGUCUCCCCUCCUUCAGAGACGACUCGAUAGCGGAGCUAUCCGCCAUUUUACGCCAGACCGCGAGGGGCGCCAUCGAAAGCGCCACUGAGACUAGUCGAGUCGACACCGGGGCUCUGUUGGCUGAACACAGGCACAGAGUGGUUUCGCAGAUCGGGGAAGCCCUUGCUGAGAUGGAGCGCUCGACAGUCGCGGCCGUCGCCCAGGAGUGCAACCGGAAAGCGGAAUCGGUCAGCGGUAAAGUCGCAGACCAAACAUCGACCGAAGCACUAAACAACGGGCGAACCGCUCCUAUGUCAUCGGCCCGGUCUCGGUUGAUCUCCGACGUGAGUCGAAAGAUCACGAAGUGUCGAGAGAAGCUCAUGAAGAAAGAAGCCCUAUCGGGAAAGGAAGCGGCUAAGCUUCUCAAGAUGCUCGCUCUCUCGUCUCUCGCAGUCACAAACGACGCCCUGGACGUGUCAGAGUCACGUGAGUGCACUAUAAAAAACUGGGAAAAGUUCCGGUCCAGGUUGACCGAUUGUGGUUGCAUCAAACACGUUAGUCCAAGCGCAUAUUUUUAUGGAUACCGUCUUUUCAUCGAGCUGAGCCUCGAUUCCUGUACUGAUGAGUUUCGACUACAAGCGUUUGUACGGGAAGGCUUGUACGACGAAUUCGUAGACUGGCCCGUGAACGUAAAGCUCAGGGUGCACUUCAUUCAUCCCACCGACGAAUCCAAGAGCCUCAUCUUAGACGAACAAUUUACCUGGGAAGAGCGCACAACAGACGAUGUCUAUCCCCAGGAUGAAGUCCCCUACCAGACGUCGAGUCGCUGUGUAAGCAUUGCGUCAUUGGAACGCGAUGGUUUCACAUCGAACAAUGGUCUCCGUGUUGAGUACGAAUUUGUGCGUUAG